AUGUUCGCCGAGCGAAUCUCCCUCCCCGAAUUCGACCCGGACGAGCUGGAGAAACUGAUCUAUACUUUGCUUUCGGUUGAUGGUGAGAAAUGGCUGCCGAAAGAACGGGCUAGGGACUUCCUAUGUGUCCGCCCUACGAUAAUUGGCACGGACUCUCAGAUUGGCGUUGCAAAGCCAACGGCAGCUCUCCUAUACAUCAUUGUCGGAUACAUGGCUCGGUGGGAUACGCCCGCGGGCGGUAAACGUCUCUUGACAAAUCCUCAUGAUGUCGUCCGCUCAUGGGUUGGCGGAUUCGGUUAUGCCAAGAGGGCGCAAAUUACGGACCAUCUUUGCAAGUCCCCCAGGAGGCAUAUCGUCAAGGCUAUCACCAGAUUCUAUGGCUAUAUGGAGCCAAUGGCGACUGCACCGAGGCCGCAACUUCUUUGUGGCUUGGAAGCGCAAGGAUGGCAAGAAGGAACUCGUCAAGCUCCGUUGGAUAACCAGCUGAUAUUGAAUGGCGUUACUCGACGAAGCUGCCUUGACCUGGCGAAAGAGAGACUGGGCGGCGACCUUGAAGUGACCGAGCGUAUGUUUACCAUUGGCGAGAUCCAGGAGGCAGCUUCAGAAGGUCGCCUUCUGGAAGCAUUUGCCGCUGGCACAGCUUGGUUCAUCACUCCGAUUUCACUGAUUCACCACCGUGGAAAAGAUAUCAAAAUCCCCACCGGCCCCAAUGGAACUUUGGCUGAAAUUACAUCUGAUGCUAUAUUAGUACGUUGA